GUACAAUCCAAACCUUCACGCGACGCAUCAAGAACUUUCCUCCACUUUCUUCCCAAUCCCUACAUUCCUUCUCGACAAUAUAAUCGGUGUGCCUUCCCGGUGAAUCUAUUCGAACAAGCCGUUAACCCCGUCGCCGACCGGAAAUCUGUAAACUUCACGUCUUCAAGUUUUUUUUCCUAUUUGUGAGAUCGGAAUUUCUGCUGCUGCCGGAAGGAUGUGGAGCCAGCCUUACCGGAAAUAUGACGUGGAAUCCGGCGCCGAGCCGCUGUACCCGGCGAUGCUUGAGAGCCCCGAACUCCGGUGGUCCUUUAUCCGGAAGAUUUACACUAUAAUCAGUGUACAGCUGCUCCUCACUAUCGCCGUCGCCGCCGUCGUCGUCACGGUUCACCCGAUUUCCCGGUUCUUCGCCACCACCAGCUCCGGCCUGGCUCUGUACGUUGUUCUUCUCUUCACCCCUUUCAUUGGUAAAGUUAUACUGGAGUCCGUUAUUUUAACUGCUUUUGUGGUGGUUAGUCUCACGCUGUAUACUUUUUGGGCUGCAAAGAGAGGCCACGACUUCAAUUUCUUGGGACCGUUCUUGUUUGGUGCUGUCAUGGUUCUCAUGCUGUUUGCGCUGAUUCAGAUAUUUUUCCCAUUAGGUAGAACGAGCAUGAUGAUAUACGGCUGCUUGGCCUCGAUUAUCUUCUGUGGGUACAUCAUAUACGAUACUGACAACCUGAUAAAACGGUACACAUAUGACCAGUACAUAUGGGCUGCUGUUGCUCUGUAUUUAGAUGUCAUCAACCUUUUCCUCUCGUUGAUGACUGUUUUCAGAGCUGCUGAGAGUUGACGAACUUGUGAUUUUAGGUGUCUGUGUAAGGAUGUGUAUGUAAGGUUUUUUUUUUUUAUUUUUUUUU